AUGAGAAUAGCAUUAAUAACAGGUGGUAUACUAUUUUUGGCAUUAUGUGCCUCAAAUGUAGAGGCCGGUAAAAGACCAAUUUCGGAUUGUGCUGAACGCAUUAUCGACGAUGGCUAUCCAGUGGAGACCCACCAGGUGACCACAGAUGAUGGCUACAUUUUGACCGUACAUCGUAUACCCUUUUCACCCAAAUUGAACAAUGCUGCAGUCCAAAAACCAGUAGUCUUUCUAAUGCACGGCAUGUUGAGUUCCUCUGUCGAUUGGAUUUUGAUGGGCCCCGGCAAAGCUUUGGGAUAUAUUCUCUCUGAUGCUGGUUAUGAUGUAUGGAUGGGUAAUGCCCGUGGCAACACCUAUUCGAAGAAACACAAGACUUGGCCCACUUAUUGGCAAAUCUUUUGGAAUUUUAGUUGGCAUGAAAUUGGUCUCUACGAUGUACCCAACAUGAUCGAUUACAUUUUGAGAAAUACAGGGCAGCAAAAGUUACAAUAUGUGGGUCAUUCUCAAGGUACAACGGUGUAUUUAGUUAUGAUGUCCGAAAAACCAAAAUAUAAUGAUAAAAUUAAAUCGGCUCAUCUACUGGGUCCCGCCGCCUAUAUGGGCAACAUGAAAAGUCCACUGACCAGGGCAUUUGCUCCCAUUUUGGGUCAACCAAAUGCCAUGGUUGAGGUUGUAGGUUCCAUGGAAUUUAUGCCUAGCAAUAAAUUCAAACAGGAUUUGGGAAUUGAAAUGUGUCAGGCCACUUCGCCAUAUGCUGAAAUGUGUGCCAAUGAAAUAUUCCUAAUUGGUGGCUAUGAUUCCGAACAGUUGGAUUAUGAACUUCUGCCACACAUCAAGGCCACCUCUCCAGCUGGUGCUUCGGUCAAUCAGAAUUUACAUUUCUGUCAAUUACACAACUCUAAGAAAUUCCGUAAAUUUGACUAUAGCAUUAUACGUAAUCCUUGGGAGUAUAAUGGAGCUCUCUAUCCACCCGAUUAUAAAUUAUCGAAUGCCAAAGCUCCGGUAAUGUUGUAUUAUGGUUCUAACGACUGGAUGUGCGAUGUGAAGGAUGUCCAAAAGCUACGCGAUAAAUUGCCGAAUAUGAAAUUGGAUUAUUUGGUGCCAUUCCCUAAAUGGGCCCACUUAGAUUUUAUUUGGGGCACCGAAGCCAAGAAAUAUGUAUACGAUAAAGUCUUGGAACAAAUGCAAUUGUAUGAAAGUUAA